AUGAUAUCACAGUGCCACAAAUCCCAGUCCUGCUGUGGGUUUGGUCCACCGUUUGGAUGUCAUGUAACAACAUUCCCCAGGUUACUGUUAAUGUUGUUUCUGGGUCUAAGUCCAGAGACAUGGGCUCAGCAGGGCACACAACCACACUCCAUCAAGAUUGAGGGGGACAUCACCCUGGGUGGCCUGUUCCCAGUGCACUCCCGUGGGCCAGCCGGUGUGCCCUGUGGGGAGAUCAAGCGGGAGAAAGGUAUUCACCGUAUGGAGGCCAUGCUGUAUGCCCUGGAUCAGAUCAACAGUGACCCUGAACUCCUGCCUAACAUCACCCUGGGGGCCAGAAUCCUGGACACCUGUUCUAGAGACACCUACGCCCUGGAGCAGUCGCUCACCUUCGUCCAGGCCCUCAUCCAGAAGGAUAACUCGGACGUGCGCUGCUCUAAUGGCGAGCCACCCAUCAUUCCCAAACCGGAGAGGGUGGUCGGAGUAAUCGGGGCAUCGGGCAGCUCAGUGUCCAUCAUGGUCGCUAACGUGCUGAGACUCUUUGCGAUCCCCCAGAUUAGUUAUGCGUCCACGGCUCCAGAGCUGAGUGACAAAAGCCGUUAUGAGUUCUUUUCCCGUGUGGUCCCUCCUGACUCCUACCAGGCCCAGGCAAUGGUGGACAUCGUCAAGGCUAUGGGGUGGAACUACGUAUCUACACUGGCCUCAGAAGGAAACUACGGAGAGAGCGGUGUCGAUGCCUUCCUCCAGAUAUCUCGAGAGGCAGGAGGUCUAUGCAUCGCCCAAUCCAUUAAAAUCCCCCGAGAGCCCAAACCAGGGGGCUUUGAUAAGAUCAUCAAGAGACUAAUGGAGACCUCUAAUGCUCGUGGGGUCAUCAUCUUUGCCAAUGAGGAUGACAUCAGACGUGUCUUAGAGGCAGCAAAGAGGGCCAACCUGACGGGUCACUUCCUUUUUGUGGGCUCUGACAGUUGGGGGGCCAAGAGCUCGCCCAUCCUGGACCAGGAGGAUGUGGCUGAGGGGGCUGUCACCAUCCUCCCUAAGAGAGCCUCCAUCGACGGGUUCGACAACUACUUCACCUCAAGAUCUCUGGAAAACAACAGAAGGAACAUCUGGUUUGCUGAAUACUGGGAGGACGACUUCAAAUGUAAACUGACCCGAGCAGGUAUCAAGUACGACCUUGGUAGGAGAAAAUGUACAGGUGAAGAGAGAAUCGCUCAGGAAUCUCAGUAUGAGCAGGAAGGGAAGGUACAGUUUGUGAUUGACGCGGUGUAUGUCAUGGCCCAUGCCUUACACAGCAUGCACCUGGACCUCUGUCCGGGCUCCAUGGGUGUCUGUGAGAAGAUGGACCCAGUGGAAGGGAGUAAGCUGCUCCAAUACAUUCGCUCAGUCAACUUUAAUGGCAGUGCAGGGACUGGGGUCAUGUUCAAUGAGAAUGGAGAUGCUCCUGGUCGCUAUGACAUCUUCCAGUUCCAACUCUCCAACACCACCAACCCUGGCUACCGGUGUAUUGGCCAGUGGACAAACCAUCUGCGACUCAAUGCUGAGGAGAUGCAGUGGUCGGGUGGGGACAGUGCAGUCCCUGACUCGGUGUGCAGUUUCCCCUGUGAGCUAGGAGAGAGGAAGAAGAUGGUGAAGGGUGUGCCCUGCUGCUGGCACUGUGAGCUGUGUGACGGAUAUCAGUACCAGCGGGAUGAGCUAAACUGUGACGUGUGUCCCUUCGACAUGCGUCCCAUGCCAAACCGGACGGGCUGCCGGUCCACACCCAUUAUCAAGCUGGAGUGGAGCUCCCCCUGGGCCAUCAUCCCUGUGUUCCUGGCUGUCUUGGGCAUAUUAGCCACCUCUGGAUGCAUCAUCACCUUCAUCCGCUUUAACGACUCCCCCAUCGUCCGGGCCUCCGGCCGGGAGCUCAGCUAUGUUCUCCUGACAGGCAUCUUCCUCAUCUACCUCAUCACCUUCCUCAUGAUUGCAGAACCCAGCGCCCCAGUAUGUGCGUUCCGCAGGCUGCUGCUGGGCCUGGGCAUGUGUAUUACCUACUCAGCUAUGCUCACCAAGACCAACCGCAUUUACCGUAUUUUUGAGCAGGGCAAGAAAGCAGUCACGCCACCUCCGUUCAUCAGCCCUGCUUCUCAGCUGAUCAUCACCUUUAUACUCAUUGGAGUGCAGUUACUUGGAGUUUUCAUCUGGUUCGGAGUGGUGCCCCCACACACCAUCAUAGACUAUGAGGAGCAGCGCCCGCCCAACCCAGAGUUUGCACGUGGGGUCCUGAAAUGUGACAUGUCCGACCUGGCCCUGGUCCUCUGCUUGAGCUACAGUAUCGUGCUGAUGGUGACCUGCACUGUGUACGCCAUCAAGAGCAGAGGGGUGCCUGAGACCUUCAACGAAGCGAAACCCAUUGGCUUCACCAUGUACACCACCUGCAUUGUGUGGCUGGCCUUUGUGCCCAUCUUCUUUGGCACAGCCCAGUCUACUGAGAAGAUGUUCAUCCAGACCACCACCCUGACGGUGUCCAUGAGCCUGAGUGCCACUGUGUCGCUCGGCAUGUUGUACAUCCCUAAGGUCUAUGUCAUCAUCUUCCAUCCGGAGCAGAACAUGCAGAAACGCAAACGCAGCUUCAAGGCUGUGGCUUCAGCAGUGACCACACAACUCUCCCAGAAAGAAGACAAGCAGAAUGGAGAGUCCAAAAGUGGCGCCAUAGUCCCUGACAGAUCACAGUGA